AUUGUUUUCAAAUAUUUAAAUAUGCUGCACUUUUGGAAAAAAUAUGUAAAUUUCGUGUAUAUGUCGUUGUCAUAGAGAAAUUACAGUUUGUGUCUUGAUCUUGUAGUCUCGUCAUUUUUCUUUGCCCAAGCUACAGCCAUGUCUGAUGUCGAUUCCGAUGAAUUCGAGGAAGAUCCUGGUAUUAACAUUGGCGUAAGUAAACACCUUAUAUCAUUUUCCGUUUGUCAUUAUUUAUCUGAUUAUUAAAGACUACGUUUCAAUCCUCUGACCACAACCUUGUUUGUCGUUGUUUUUCCACAGUUGCCAAGUUGUAUGUUAAGGUUAAUCCUUUUUUACUCUUGGGUUAUUCAAGACUGGAUCGUCAUCGUCUAUAUCUAUAUUUUACGAUUCAACCUUGUUUUGUAAUCAAAGUUCACUGCAACAUUACGUCAAACACUACAAACAUCGUGUCAUUUGACAAGUGCAAGCACAUGUAGAAUUGUUAAGCCUUUGGGAAACUAGGAAACAUUGUUGCGGAAACAUUGUUUCCUGGCAAUGUUUCCCAAGGUGGGCAAACACUAGGAAACAAUGUUUCCGCAACAAAAAUCGCACUUGGGAAACAUGAAAUGUUUCUGAAUUUGAUAGGAAACAUUUCUGCUUAUCGGGAAGCAAAUUGUGUUUCUGCAACGCCAACGAUGUUUCCACGGGUAGGCAAACACAGAAACACUUGAGAAAACAUGACGAAUCACAAUGUCUCCGCAACAAUGUUUCCUAGUUUGCCCAGGGCUUAGUAAUGUGCUUUUCAUUCCGAUCCUUAUCAUAAAAAUCUACCGAAUUAACCAAUUUUUCAUUAAUUUAUCAAAGUGCUAUCCACCGAACAGUGAAUCUGUUGAAAAAAUCACUAUCCGGUGGAUUGCGUUAUCCAGGAAAUUUUUAACCAAGGUGUUUUUAGAGUGCAGCCUUCGUACAUGCAACUGGCCCCAGUUAUUUCAUGUACAGCAUCACAUGAUGUACGCGUGAUUUGUAAAAUUUCGGCGACUUUUUCAAAUUUCCAAAUAUUUUGGGUUUUUAUAUGAGGGACUGGUCAUUAUUUAUGGCGGGGGGGGGGGCACCGAAGAGAAAUGCUUUCCUUGGUAAAAAUUUUGCCGAUCCAACCAUUAAAAAGUCAAAAAUAUUUUUUAACCAACCUCAAAUAUCAAUUAAAAAAUAAAGACCCGCCUCUGGCAAAAACUUUACAAAAGGAUACCAAUAUCUGCAGUCUCUGCAAUUUUCUGCAGUCUAAAGUUUCAUGUUGUGUACACAUGUACUUUCCGUUUGGAGACACUAUUUACCCCCAACAAAUUGGAAAAUGAUGAGGAUAGACUCUGGUUGAUUUACAUUGACAUAUAUGACUGUUGACAUUGCUUUUUAAUCUUCAAUAUUUGAGUGAGUCAUGCUUUGGAAAUGACAAUAAAUUUUUAUUACCCAACCCCUGAGUUUUUAUGUUUUUCGUUUAUCCAACCUAUUUAUUACUCACUCAAAAUUUUGUUUACCCAACCUUUUUCUCUUUGAUGCCACCCCCGGCCAUAAAUAAUGAGCGGUCGCUACGAUUUUGCCGUUGUCUGUUCAGUUAUGGAUACACAGUAUGCAUAAUGUGGGAAGCCUCGGCGGCUCGUAAGCCACUCAGGGGCGUAGGAAGCUUCUAAAAGUUGGGGGAGCAGGCUUUGGGGGCACUUUUCGAAAAAAAAGGGCAUCUAAAAAUUUUUCCCGCAAAUGUUGGCGACGGGGGGUGGGGGGGGAGGUCAUCUCAAAAAAAUUUUUCGGACAUACCAAAAAAAAAUUUCCGGAUAUACCACAUUUUUUCCUAAAUACGAAAAAAAUUUUCCGGACAUACCAAAAAAUUUUCCGGAAAUAUGACAUUUUUCCCGGAAAUGAACAAAAUUUUUCCGGAAAUAACAUAGAUUCAAGUUUUCAAAAGUCCCCUUUGGGCAAAAAAUGCAAUCUUAAUGACAAUUUUUCACGCAAAAAAAAAAUAAAAGGGCACUUUGCUCCCGGAAAAAGGGCACUUGGCAAAACUUGGGGGGCUGCCCCCCCCCCGGUUCCUACGCCCCUGAAGCCACUUUUUUGUUCUUUCCACAUUAUGACGUCAUACUGUGUAUCUAUAACUGAACAGACAACGGCAAAAUCCUAUCUAUUUGUUAAAUUGACUUGGACUGAUUAAAUUAUUAGUACCUUCUAUAUCUACAAACGUCCACACGGUCAAAGUUGCUUGCUUUUUCAGGUAGAGGACAAAUAACUUUGGCAUGAUUAGCUUGUUCGGUUUACAUUUCUAUAUUUGUUACUUUUUCGUAUAGGUUAAAGAGAUUUCUGUGACAAUACUAGGGAGGUUCAGAUUUGACUUCCACCACCGCUACCAUUAAGGGACCAAUCAUAUACGUUUAAUCUAACCGAUUAACCAAUCAGAUGCGGAGAUACAGAGCAAGUGAGAGGUAACGGUAGUGGAAGUCAAGUCUGAAACUCUCUUAUUGAUUGUUUUUCGCCUUUUGCACAAGCUAGGAAUAACUCCGAAAGCUCAUACAUCCUGUGAUACAACAUGAUCUCUUCUCAAAAUUGUAAAACUCUUGAAAAUUAAGGAUAUGGCUUAGAUUUGAAAAUCUCCAAAAUUAAGACAUAACUUUAAUUUAACAACAUAACUUUUGGCUAUAAAAGUAAUCAUGGCCUUACAAAUAAGGGAAUGCUAUUGGCCAUCUAUACAAAUAAGGGAAUGCUAUUGGCCACCUUAAUUGUGACGUAAUUCCGUGCGUCUGUCCUCUAAUAGAUUAUGGCUCUCGACCAAUGAAAACGCUUGAAUUCUUAUUUAACGUUAUUAUAUAAAUAGAUCUUGCACAUGACCUGUAGCAAAACUGCUUAAAUUGAAAGGAACUGGAGCUCAUUGUUCUAUUGUAGAUGGAAAUUCCUAGUGUGAAUUUCAUACAUUCAUUAGACCUAACCAGAGCAGUUGUGAAAAAUGCUACUACAGGCCCUCUGGCAGGAAUCAAACCUGCGGCCCUGCGAUUGCGGUGCAACGCUCUAACCAACUGAGUCCAGAUGUCGAGCUCUAACCGCAAGUUCAUGUACAACUGGACUCUGUAGCUCAUUUGGUUAGAGUGCUGCAUCACAAUCACAGGGCCGAUUAAAUUAAUAUAAGCACAGUUUUGCUACGGGUCAUGUACAAGAUCUAUAUCCACUUGGCCAUAGUUACUUGGACAGACUCUAUCGUAUGACCUGACUUUUGGGUCGACUUCAUUCUUAUAUUUUUCUACUUUUCUGUUUUUCAGGAAUAUGAAGGUGGUCGCAAUAACAAUGAUGAACGACACGGCGUAGGUAAAGCAACAUUUCCUAAUGGUGAUACUUAUGAAGGAAGAUAUGAGUACGGAAAAAGACAUGGUAAUGGAACUUAUCGUUUUAGAAAUUCUGCCAAAUAUGUUGGAGAGUAUUCUAAGGGGCGAAGACACGGACAUGGAGCAUUUUGGUAUCCAGGUAUCCAUGAUUCUUUUAUAUAAACAUAUAUUUUUAUUAGACGUUUACCCAGGAGCUAUCAAGCUCAUCGAGGGGCUUACGUCCAGGAUUCUAUGUACUAGGGUUAGGUGGCUUGCAUGGAUGCUACAUUUAUCACCUCACUACUACAAAACAUAUCUUGACACUAAAAUUAUGUUCACAUGCACUUUGAAAUUUUCAUGGUGAAGCCAGUUUUAACCUCAUUAUUUGUUGUUUAAAAUUAUAUUUCUAAUUUCUUCGCAGCAGUUCAGUAUCAGUAUGAAGGUGCAUGCAAUUGUUGGUUUGCACUUGACGUCAUGGCUGCCAUGUUGUGAGGAACGCUAACCAAAGAAUAUCGUUAGCAACUAUUCUAUUUGGAGCGUGUUUUCCUCCAACAUGACGCCAUAUUUUUGUCUUAUAAAUAAAUCUCAAGCGAUUGAUUGCAAACCACUAAUAGCUGGGUUUCAGUCACGUGAUACGUUUAGCGCUUUGUGGUCAACUCCAAAUGGAAACACAUUUAUCGAUCCGAGUUAAAUAUUCAUUAUAAGUAUUGAUCUUGUGUUUGGUAUCAAAUAUAUGCAAUUUAACGUACUUGCUUACACAAGGCAUAAAGCGGCAAUAUGUGUAAAGUUGACCACCUUUGCGGAGUAAUCUUGAACUGAGUAAUCCUGUGAAACGUCAAAUUUCCCUUUGACUUUGUGGAGUAAUUAAAGUGAGUCAAAACAAUGGGGCCAUGGAAAGUAGUGGGAUUUUCAAAACAAUAUUAGUGAAAAGACAAUGGAACAUUUUGAUCACUGGAUCGUGAUAGAACGGCACUUGUUAUGCCAAGUGUAAUGGGAUCAACGCUACGAGGGGAACAUUUAUCCCGAAAUUUGUUAUGUCAUACUGUAAACAAUUGUUAAAGUAAACAAAGAAUAUAUCGUUUCAGAUGGUUCUCGCUAUGAAGGUGGUUGGAUCGAUAAUCAACGGAAUGGAUUUGGAAUAUAUUAUUACAUAAAUGGCGAUAUCUACGAAGGGGACUGGUACGAGCAUCAAAGACAUGGUCAAGGGACUUACACGUACGCAGCAAGUGGCGCGAAAUAUAAAGGUAUUCACCACUCAAAAUUGUGAAAUGUUUAUUUUGAUGAGUAUGGAUAAAUAGGUGAACUUUUCCAAUCAUUAAUACUGUAUAUUUACUUCAUACCAACCUCGUUUCUGACUUCAUAUAUACUUCCUCAAAAUAAUUUGUUUAUUAAAUAAUAAGCAAAUGUAUAAAAUGUUCGUGAGGAAUCCCAUGUUUCGAGCGAAAGCCCUUUUUGCUAAUUCACUUGACGAAGAGCCAACGCUCGAGACGUCGGUUUAGCUGCUUAUUACUCUUAACGCUGUUUAAACUGUUCUUCCUACUGACCAGAGUUGGUCAUUAGGGGCAUUUUUGCACAAAUGUAAUUUGAUAUUUGUCUUUUUCCCCAUUCAGAGGCAAUGUUAAACUUACUUUAUUCUUCUUGCUAGGCAUGUGGGUUCGUGGCAGACGUCAAGGAUCUGGGGAGAUUCUUUAUUCCAAUCACCGUUUUCUUGGAAAGUUCCUGGAUGACUUGUCUGUUGGCUCAGGCAAGUUUCAGUUCGAUGCAGGAUGUGAACAAACUGGCGAAUAUAAAUUAGAGCAAUUAGAAAUACCUGGUGAAACUGAAGAAGAUGAAUUGAUAAACGCAACCACGUCUAAAUGGAAAUGUUCAAACAUUCAAGCCGUUCAAAUGGAAUGACUUGACCGACUUGAAAUAUGAUCAGGCUGAUCUCGUUAGACUAAAUGUGGUCUGGAUUGCUCGUCUUCUCUCAUAGGACAAAUUAAUGUAGUACACUCAUUAUGAUAGGUAAGAUCGUAUUUGAUCUUAUCUGUACAGGGUGAUCAGGUUACUGGUAGAAUAUUUUCUUGACUGUUGUUUCAAAAUAUUUUGAAUAACAUUUUGGGCUUGUCAUUAUAUGUAAAUAUCCUGAUAUCUAUGAUAAUAAUUGUGUGAUUCAUAUUACUUACAUUUAAUAGAAGUACUGUCUAUAGUGUUUUAUCCUGAUAUCAAAAAACGAGAAAGAAAACGAACUUGGAAGUUGAGAUUCGAAGUUUAUUAGCCAAUAAUAUUGCGUUCUUUUUAGUCAGGAUGAAACUUUUAUUAUUAAUUCUUGCAAUUACAGCAGUUCUGACGAAGUUCUAUAAUUAUAUUAUUUGUCAGAGAAUGGAG